GCUUCAGCUCCUGCCUCCUCUUUCUCCUCUCCCCAGCGGGUCCCGCGCGGGCGGGAGAACCAAGAAGGAGCGAGCUGUGCGGCUCCGGAGCAAUGGCCGCGUUUCCCGGCGGUGGUGUCGGUAGCAGCAGCGGAGUCUCGUGGCCGCGCUCCCCGCCGCGCUCCACUCUUGCCUCGGCUCUGGGUUGGGAGCUGCUGCCCGGGCUGCAGAUCCGUUCGCGCUCGGUGGAGCAGACGCUGGUGCCGCUCGUGGCGCAGAUAACCACUCUCAUUAACCAUAAGGAUAAACCAAAGCGGUCAGACAAGACUUUGAGGGCAGUCCAGCAAGUGGGCCAGGCUGUUAACUUGGCUGUUGGGAGGUUUGUUAUGGUGGGUGAAGCUAUAGCCAAUGAAAACCAAGAGUUGAAAGAGGAAAUGAAGGUUGCCUGCACUGAGGCAAAGCAAGCAGGUGAGACAAUUGCACGGCUUACAGAUGUGGCAACCUUGGAUCAUCCAGAAUCUGAUGGCCAGAUCACUAUUUUUACGGACAAAACAGGAGUGGUAAAAGCAGCAAGACUGCUGCUUUCUUCAGUGACUAAAGUGUUGGUGCUGGCUGACAGGAUAGUUAUUAAGCAAAUUAUAAGUUCUAGAAACAAGGUCCUUGUAACAAUGGAACAGCUGGAGAAAGUGAGUAGUUUUCAGGAAUUUGUGCAAAUAUUCAGUCAAUUUGGAAACGAAAUGGUGGAAUUUGCCCAUCUAACUGGAGACCGACAAAAUGAUUUAAAAGAUGAAAAGAAAAAGGCUAAGAUGGCAGCUGCUAGGGCUAUUCUCGAGAAAUGCACCAUGAUGCUGCUCACUGCUUCAAAGACUUGUUUAAGGCAUCCUGACUGUGAAUCUGCACGUGUAAACAAAGGAGCAGUGUUCCGCAGAAUGAGGCUAGCUUUGGAGCAGGUAAUAGAGAUUGUUACGGAUUCUCGGCCGAGUGGAGAGAAUGAACCAGGCCCAAUGAGCAUCUAUACUGGCAUCAAGGAAUUCAAGAAUAAAGUGGAAGGUUUGCGGGAGAACCUAUACCUUCUGUCAAAGGAGAACCUUCGGGCAAUGCUGCGGGUUGUCCUUGAACACACAGAGGAUUUUACUGAUUCUGCUUAUACUAGCCAUGAAAACAGGGAACACAUUUUGGAACUGUCCAAGCAAGCAAAGAUGGAACUGGAGCAGCUAGUGUCAGCGUGGAUGUAUGCUCAAAGUCAGAAGAAAAAGGAUGUCACGGAAGACUUGGAAUUAACCAUAUUAAAAAUGUGUCAGUGCAUGAACGAGCUUCAGAGAGAACUCCACAGUGCAGCAACAUCUGUUGCAGCAGACCUGAUAAAAUACCAUUCAGAUCAUCUCAUUUUGAAAGCGCUGAAAAUCUGCGGAGCAGAAGGAAACAUAGAAGCUGUGGCAGAGCGUAGCUGUAAGCUCUCCGAACAGAAAGAACAACUGAUUGAAAUAUGUCAUUUAUUGAGGCAUGUCUCUGGAACAGAACCACUGGAAAUUACUUGCCUCCAUGCAGAAGAUACUUUUCAUGUGACUGGCCCUCAGAUAAUCUCUGCUGCAGAAACCCUGACAUUGCAUCCUUCCAGUAAGAUUGCAAAAGAAAAUCUGGAUGUGUUCUGUGAGGCUUGGGAGUCCCAGCUGAGCGACAUGUCCCUGCUCUUAAGAGAAAUCAGUGAUGUGUUUGAAGGAAGACGAGGAGAGAAGCGUGCGUACCUGUCACUGCCCAGGCCAGGGAAGCAUAAUGCAAAUUUGAAAGCCUUAAAGCCAGUCAGACUUGAUAGUGAGGAGCAAGCGAAACUUGGGAAAUUAGGCUUAGAACUACAUAAGCUGACCACACGUGUUGACUCCGAGAUGGAGAAAUGGGAAGACCCAGAAAAUGAAAUUGUAAGACAUGGACAAGGCCUUUCCAGCAUGGCUUAUUCCAUGUACCUAUUUACAAGAGGGGAGGGACUGCUGAAAACCACUCAAGAUUUAUUUCAGCAGGCAGAGGCCUUUGCUGUAGAAGGAUUAAAGCUUGUUUCCGCUCUUCUUGCAUUUUCUAACCAGCUAGAAGAUGAUGAUAAACCAUUGCUUCUGCAGGAGAUUGACAAGAUGGUCCCUGUUUAUCAGCAGCUUCAGGUAACAGCUAAAAACCCUGUUCAGGGUAAAACUGCAACUUUUACAAAGGUGGACACCUGUAUUCAUAAAGCAAAGUAUAUUCUGGAUACACUGGCCCAAGUUCUUCCACUUAGCUGCAAGUUACUAAGAAAGCACAAAGCAGGAAAUGGCUAUCUUAGAGUACAUCAUCCUUGGAGAGAAAACGGCUUGCAUGCAGCUGUAAGGGAAGGCAGAGGCCUGGCUGGGAGAACCGACCCCUUUGGAAUCAAAUCCUUGGAACAACAUGUAGCAAACCUCACAGUUUUGGAGAACAAACAAUUCUAACGCGCUUAUUUGGGAACGAAAACAUUUCCAUAAGGGAGUUGUACACUAAGCCUCGCCCCCUGAUUGCUUUCUUUUGAGAAAGGUGAAACCAGGUUAGAAAAAGCUGUUGUAACCUUUUCACAUCUAAUAGAUGUCAUGGUACUUGGCAGUUAACGAAAGCAAAAGUCAGCUUUAAUGGCUGCAUUUUUUGCAAGGUGAAUAACUUUUUGUUCACUGUUAACACGGCUAGUUUUGCAAUCAAAUACGCUUAUGAAUGUCUUAUUCUUCAACCCCAAAGAUGCUGCUAUGGAUGCUUAAUGCACAUGAACUGGAUAGUCUUGGAUAUGCUACAUGAAAAACUACUGGUAUUUUUUGUUUUGUUUAACAGUCAUCACUAGCGUGAGCCUAGGACCUUGGUCUAUAAGUAGUUAUUGCGUAGAAAAAGGAGAGGCUGGCUAAGCCUCUUGACCCCCCCCCCCCUUCUCCUAAUGUGGCGUGCCAACAAGUUCUGUUGUCACAGAUACCACUGUUACCUCUUGGUGGGCAAUUGGGGGCGGGGGGGGGGGGGGCAGGCUACAUCUCUUAAGCGACUGAGGUCCAAAGGCAUCCAUGCCCCUUAGAAGCAUAGUUAAUUACAAGAAAGCUUUAAUGAUGAAAGCCUUCUGAAAGCCUCACUUUUCUCAAAUAUAUUUACCACCUUAUUAGCCUACAAAUAGAAGAUCGUUAGUGCUAAUAAAGCCAGCUACAGUUAAGAGCUUGCUUUUGUCUUGCUCCUUUUUACACAACUUUACAUUCAUUGAAUUUUUACGGUGCGAACUAAGCAAUUGUAUCAGAAGUCAGUUCUAAGGGGUUUAGUGAGACUAGCUCCCUAGGAUUCUAGCCGUAAAUGAAAAGUUUAGCAGGUGGUAGAACAAAGUUAUCAAUUUAAGCUUUAUCAUUCCAUUUGGAAGUAAGGUCUAGUUAUUAAGGUCAGUCACUACAAAGGGCAUUAUUUUUUCCGUAAAGACUAAAAAAUCUUCUCUAAGCUUGUUUGAGAUAUAUGUAUGCUUGCUAUACUAACUGAGAUAUCACUGAGUGCACUGGUCCUACAUUUCACUGUUUUUAGUAUCACCACUCAUCCCCCCCCCCAUCUGGAAUACUGUAAACUGAGAAUCUUAGAAAAAGAUUGAUAUGGUUACGAUAAACUAUGCCAUUCAUCUUUUACCUUAUCUUUAGGAUAGAAACUGAGCAAAUCAGUAGUAAACAGAGGAUUUCCAAUCCCAUUUGACUCCAACAUACAAAGUAGGGCUAAGGAACAAAUGUAAUUGGUAGGUAACCAUUUACCACCUACUUUCCUCUUUUCCUCUGCAACCCCAGUCCUGUGCCUGCUCCCAUCUGUGGCAUGUGUAGAAAAGUGGCAAGUGGAGGUAAAUUUGAUAAUCCCACUCAUCAUUUUUGUCCUGCCAAUUCUGGGCCCCUCUACCGCCCUGCCAGACACACUUUACGCAUCUGAAGCCAACGCAGGCUAGUGAGUGUCUAGUUCUGGCUUUGGCUAUCAUCCAUUGUACCUCACUCAGGUGUAUGUUUCAACAACAAAACCUUCAAGGUAAUAAUAUUGUAAUGAGAAAUUGAUGAUAUGCUGUAAGUUUAGGGCUUUACUAAUAAAGUAGAGGAUGAUCAUAUAGAUGGAAAACUGGUAAAUAAAAGAUUUUAUUGACAUUAGAAACAAGGCAGUAUUUUGGCAUUGCUCCUUUAAAUACAACAGUACUGUUAUGGUCGAACUGCAGUUAAGGUAUUUUGAAGUUCUAUUGAGAUCACUGGGAGAAAUUUAAGUACAUGAUUGAUACCCUUAUUAAUAAAGGAGCCUCUGGGUGCUUAAAAACUGUCUUGAUUGUGCCUCAUCUGGCUGAAAAUGAACAACUUUUCAGUCAUGUUGCUAUUCCAAAUUUUAAGUAUGAAAACCCAUAAAGUCACUUUAUCAUGGGAUAAACUGGAAACUGUCUUAAACAAUUCAUUUUUCUGCUAUGAAAUAUUUUGUUCUCAUUCUGUGUAUUCUAUCAUGUGGAAUUAAAACGUUUUGACAAAA